AUGCGAGGACUGUACCAACACCUCAAGAGAUCAGUGGGCCUCAGCGGGAGACAAGCGGGGGGACAGCAGUUCGUCGCGGAUGAGAACGGCGUGUUGCUGCUGAACAGGGACGACAUCCUCCAGCGAUGGGCGAGAUUCUUCAGCACCCCACUCAACACCAAAUCCCCCACCCUGAACCCAGACAUCAUCGAACGAGUGACGCAGCGGCCAGCGACACGUGACACUCAACGGUUGGGAGAUGUGCCAGAACUCGAGGAGGUGGCACGGGCAACGAAAGGCCUCAAGAACUGGAAGGCACCCGGCCAUGACUCCCUCCCUGCCGAGUUGCUCAAGAUCGAUGACGACGAACCCUUCGUCCUGGGACACCUCCAUACCAUCCUCGUCAAGGGGUGGAACGGAGGAGAUAUUCCGCGAGUGUGGAAGAAUGCAACCAUUAAGGUGCUGUACAAGAAUGGUGACCGGUCCAACUGUAACAACUAUAGGGGGAUUUCGCUACUAUCUCACGUAGGCAAGGUCCCCAUCAAGAUCAUCACCAACCGUCUAAGCGCCUUCUGCGAAGCCAACAACAUCCUCCCGGAGGAACAGUGCGGAUUUCGACCCGGGCGAUCCACCGUCGACAUGCUGUUCGUCGUGCGCCGCCUCCAGGAGCUGGGGCGGAGAAAGAAAAUACCGCUCUACAUGUGCUUCGUCGACUUGAACAAGGCGUAUGAUUCGGUGGACCGAGAGAUGCUAUGGAAGGUGCUGGCCAGGGCCGGGAUUCCCGCGAAGCUGAUCGAAGUCAUCCGCCAAUUCCACGAUGGAAUGCGGGCCCGGGUGCGCAUGGACGACGGAGAACUAUCGGACUGGUUCUUCGUGACACAGGGCGUGCGACAAGGAUGUGUGCUAUCCCCACUGCUGUUCAACAUCUUCUUCGCCGAGGUCCUCGAGGUCGUUGUCAUCCGAUUCAGCGAGGAUGAUGUUGUUCUGCGGAGCCUGGUGUGCUUGGAGGAGGGGAAGACGGAAGCGGGGGGGGCAGGAGACACCCCUUGA